UGAGAUCAGGUAAUAAGACUAUAUGUAGAACACAUUAUCGUUAUGACUCUGUCAAUGGAUGGUCCGGUCUCAACAGAAACGGUUUUAAAAUGGAACAUGGAUAAUGUAGCUGAAUGGCUAAAAGCAGUUGGUCUUGAAAAGUAUACCGGCAAGUUUAAACGCAAUAUGGUCACUGGAGAGAUUCUGGUACAACUUGAUGAACUUCUGCUGGAUGACCUCAAUAUUACAAGCAUAAGUGACCGUCAAAUAUUACUGCAAUCAGUGGCUGGUUUUACAGCCAAUGUUGAAGACUGCAUAAAAAUGGAUUCAUCGCUCAUUACGUCAUUUAAUACCGAGGAACAUGUCAAUACCAAAUGCGAGCCAGAAAUGGAGGUUCUCAAAACUAACGAAAACGACCCUGAAGAAAACGCAACAACAGUAUUUCCCGCAUUUGCUGAGCUGCUACCUACAAUUGGAGAAGAAGAAGAAACUGAUGAAGGAGGGAAUCAUUUUUCAGAUGAUUCAAUGAACAAUUUUACAGAGAAAUAUCAUAAAGACAUAUCUCAGAGUGAACUUUUGAAGCCAGAUGAAGAAAAAGAUGGGCUUGACAACAAAAGUUCUACAGGCAUGUUAAACACGAUUGGUCAUGAUAGCCGUGCUUCGUCGGGUCUGGAGGAUGACGAAGUAGCGUCCAGAGCAACACAAAUCGUUCAAGUCAUUUCCGAAGAAAACAUGUGUUUACGAAAACAACUGGAAAAAUAUUACCAAGAAAUAAAAAAGCUGAAAUGUGUUGAUAAGGAGCUUCGUGAUACUCAUAUUAUGUACAAAGAUUUAAAAACUGCGUUUAUUACCCGUGAGCACAAAGAAAAAGCAAUGCGUCUACGUAUGGAAGCUGAAAUUGCUCAGCUUCAGAAGACUAACACUGAGUUAACAGAUGAGAUGAAAGAACUUCAGACUGUGCUUGGAAGCGAACCUAAAAGAGAAUUACAAGGGCUCAAAGAUGAGAUUAAUCAGAGAGACGACGAGGUUAAACAAUUACAGAAAGACAGAAAGAAUUCAAAAUCAUCUCUGCAAAACUUAGAACGAAUACUGAAACAGAAAUCAUCAGAGAUAAUUCUCCUGCGACAACAAUUAGAGAUGUGUGUUUGUAAUGUCUGUGGUUCAAAGCAAAUGAAAGAGGAACGAGAGAACAAAAAUGGAGAAAAAGAAACAUCUGCUGAUUAUCUUGAACAAUUUCAUGAAUCAAUGAUGAAGUCUAGUGGACGUUACAGAACAAGAUUUUUAAACAAAUCAAAUCAAAGACUUUGCAACACGAAGGAGGAAUUGGAUAUAAAUACAUGUGUACCAGUCUUAGUAGAACUUCUAAAAGAAAAAGAUGCGGAAAUUGUGAAAUUAAGGGCAGAAAUUGAUCAGAUUAUGUCAAGAUUAUCUGAAAUGUCGGUUCCUGAAUGGACAUCAAGUGUUAGCGAAAGACGACUGCAUAAACACAGACAAUCCAAACAAAGAUACUCGGAUCUGGAAACGGAAAUAAGAUCUCUUCAUGUUAAAUUGGCUGAAAAAGAUGCACAGAUCAAGAUACUGCAAUGCAAAUAUGGCGAAAAUCGUGAUUCCUCGAGUCCAUCGUCGACACCAUUUAGAAUUCCUUCGUUUACAAGUCAAUCGUCUCUCUCCUCGUACCAGGAUUCUGGUGUCAUGACUGCGUCAGAUGGACACUGCGAAGAGGCCACAUACCAGAAUGCAAAAGACGAUGGAAUCCCCGAAAGAUAUCAACUUCGGCUUCAGGAACCUGGUUAUGACAUUGAAACAGACGGAAGACAUUCAGAUAAGCAGGAAGAAGAGGGAACCUGUUUAAGUGAUCAUUGUUGGUUUGUGUGAGAAACUUCAAUUCAUGUAUAAAUACAAAUCAUAUCUCUUAUAGAUAUAUGUAUCAUAGAAAUUAUAAUUUACAAAUAACUUAUAAUAUUUUUCUGAUUUGUUAAAAUGUUCCCAACAGCUUUGGUAUUUAAAGUCAAUGAAUGUUAUCAUUAGUUUCUUUUAAGAUUUAAGCAAUAAGUUCUUUUCCAAAAUGACCAAUAGGCUUUUCCUAAAUUAAGUCUAAAGCAAUAAUCAGAAAAAUACUUAACAAUUCCAUAACUAUAUGGUGCACAAAUGUAGUUGAUGGUCCAAAUUAAGGCAAAGGGAGGCUUCGUGAUAGGUUGUAUAUAAGUUGUAAGGGCCCAAAAUGGGUUCCCUAAAAUUGUAUAUAUUUUUAUAUUUUGUGAAAAGAAUCAACA